AGAGAGGUCUGAAGUGAAGGCUUCCCACCAGCUAGACAAACCACCCCUCAGCUACCUUCCAAGUUUAUCCUCUGCUGAGCUUUGCAGUCUACACCUAGGCAGCCCAGGUUGGCCUUAAGCUUGUGAUCAUCCUCUGCCUCCUGAGCGCUGUGAUUACAGGCACGUGAUACCACACCGGAUUCAAGAUUCUGUUUUAAAAAGUAUUAUCAGCAACUUGCAAGAAACACCCACUAGGAAAAAAGGAAGCCCUGUGUUGCCCUUCUCUUGUGUGGGGGUGCUGCUCCUCACAGUCAUGGCGCCGGUGCUGUGGAAGGGACUGGUGGGCCUGGGCCUCUUCGUCCUGGCCCACGCUGCCUUCUCCGCCGCACAGCAUCGCUCUUACACGCGCCUCGCAGAAAAGGAAGAUGAGUCACUGCCCAUGGAUACAGUUUUUCAGACGCUUCUGGCCUUUGCGGUUACCUGUUACGGCAUAGUUCAUAUUGCAGGGGAGUUUAAAGACAUGGAUGCCACUUCAGAGCUGAAAAAGAAGACAUUUGACACCUUGAGGAACCACCCAUCUUUUUAUGUGUUCAAUCAUCGUGGUCGAGUACUGUUCCAGCCUUCUGAUACUACGAAGUCUUCAAACCAGGAUGCACUGUCCUCAAACACAUCGUUGAAGUUAAGAAAACUUGAAAACUUGAAAAGUUAAGAAAACUUUACAAACGAAGUAACAGGACAAAGAAGUGAAGAGUGGAGUCUGGGGUAAAACAUACAUACACACAUAAGUAUAUUUCAGAUUCGUUUUAAAAAGAUCUAUGGCCUUUGUACAUUGUUAAUCAAAUCAUUAAUGGAAUGUAAGUUGUCUAUUUUA